GAUUCCCAGACUGCAUUUUGAGGCUGCUGUGUCAUGGUUGUAAAGAGCAAGUAGUUGCUAACUGUCACAAUGGAGUUUCUUGUAGGAAUACAAGGAGAUGGGUUUGUACUUGUGGCAGCGGAUAAAAACGGUGGAAGAGGGAUUGUUAGAAUGAAGGAUGAUGAAGAUAAAAUGUUUAAACUAAAUAGUAAGACAUUGAUGCUGGUGAGUGGCCAAUCUGGAGACACAACUUACUUUGCAGAAUACAUAGAGAAAAAUGUUAGUUUAUACAAGGUGGUGAAUGGUUAUGAACUAACUACUCAUGCAACUGCAAAUUUUACCAGAAAGAUGAUGGCAGAUUAUUUACGAAGCUAUACCCCUUACACAGUAAAUCUUUUACUGGCUGGUUAUGACGACCAAGAUGGCCCUUCUCUUUAUCACAUGGAUUACCUUGGUGCUUUAGCAAAGGCACCAUUUGCCGCUCAUGGAUAUGGGUCAUUUUUCUCGAUGAGCACCAUGGACAGAUAUUACAAGACCGGUCUAAACAAGGAUGAGGCUUUGGUUCUGCUGCAAAAAGUGGUCGACGAGGUUCAGAAGCGAUUCAUGAUAUCUAUGCCAUCAUUCAUGGUGAGGUGCAUCGACAAGGAUGGCAUACAUAGGCUUGAUGACUUUGUAGCACGGCCAAUUCCAACAUAAGAACAUGUUUUGAACUAGACAUCUUAAAAGACCUUUUAGCUUAGAAAAUUCGUUGGGAGUAAAGGAGUUUGUCAAUAUCAUGAUGUUUGUUGAAA